AUGACGUCCGCGCUCAAGAGUGAAGCCGCCUUUAAGGAGCGAGCAAAUGAGUGUGGCUUGUCCACCGAUCAGAUUAAGAGCCUGACUGACAGGGGCAUGUCCAGCCUCUCAGCGGUCGCAUACAGCCUCGGAACCCCAGGUGAGACAGUGGGAGAAGACCAGCUCCGGAGGCUCCUAGAUCCUGACUCUCCUGAUGCAGUCACCGUUGGAGGCCUUGCCAGUAUCCGCCAACUUGUUUUUGAGUCUCAGACAAUGGUUAUCCAGAAUCUCAAGCUGUCUCUUGAAACUCCUGACUCGGGGCGUCAUGUGGAGCUUGUGGCCUCAGAGCGCACCGCCCGGAUCCGCUCCCAGGCCACCCGACUUCGGGGCAUGAAUCUGAGUGGACAACUUGAGUGCAGUUUUUGCAGCUACGAUUAUGUUGCGCAGGUUUUGGAGAAAGAUCAUAUCAUGUACCUUGAGCCGGCUCGCUUCACCACCAGACAGUCCGAAGUGUUGAAAGACCGCCCCACUGGGCGCGAGUUGGUGUUGGAUGAGGGGAGUCGGAUUGGUGUGCGUGACAAGACACUCAAGGAUCGCUGUCUUUUAACCACAGAGUUGGAUUUGGCUCGUGCUCUUAGUCGUCGUGCAUUGGCGUGUGACUUGAUGCAGCUGUGUACUUUCGACUGCAUGGAACGGUGGCACACUUUCCUGUUGGACCGUAUGAAGGAGCCUCCCCCGCCAGGCUUCCGACCAAUAUCGAUGGAACAAGUGCUCCGGUGUGACCGUGCGGGUUUCCUGCGGCUUGCCCAACUCCUUCCGAGUGUCAAGGUGAAAGCUGACGGCAGUUAUCCAAUGGACGCUGCUUUGGACACCCUCCGGGGCGACCCUACUGUGAUGUUCAACCUGUUGCCCUUGCAAGGUGCAACCACGGGCGCUACCAUGCCUCCCGACCUUGCUGCCAUGGUUGGUCUCCGUGCCCAAACCUCGUCCGGUGCCAAGUUCUGCUGGAACUUUAAUUCCAAGGCCAAGGGCUGCAAGUUUGCUAAAGCAGGCUCCACUUCAGGGGACCUGCCUUCACAUCCGGCGAAGUCCUCUCGCUGUGGUGAGGCGGCCUUUGACGUGGGGCCAGUCACCGGGGUGUCUCCAGCCGAUUUGACCGAUGCUACUCGUUUAAACGAUGCGUGCACUGCUGACGCGUUCGCACACGACCUGUUGUGCGCCACAGUUGAGCCGUCCCCAGCCAGCAUUCUCGCCCUGUUUGAUUUGCUUCCGCAUGAGCACCCACCGAGAGCUUCUCCUGAUGGCUCAGGCAGUUCCUUCUCAUGUGGCUGUUAUGGCCAAGGCGGGCUUGCGGGGCUGCGCAAAUCCUGCAUGUCUUUUCCAUCCACUUGCCUCGCCCUUAAUAGGUACGUGGCCAGUUUGGAUCCCGCAUUUGAGUACUCUACAAUCAGCAUUUUCGAUCGUGUCCAGACUGCUUUGCACCGUGAUGCCCGUAAUGGCUCCGUUUGUAAUCUUGUGAGUGCCCUGAGCUCCUUCCGCGGGGGCGAAAUUUGGGUACAGGAUGAUGAUGGCCCGAUCCCGUUUUCCCUUAAUGGCGAAAUGUUGCGAGGGUCUUUGCUUGACUUGCAACAGGGCCCCGUUCAUUUUGAGGCCCGUGACCGAUACCAUUGCACCAUGCCCUUUUCGGGUCGCCGCGUUGUGCUGAUUGCAUUUUGUGCAGAGUCCCUUCACUGCCUUUCGGUUCAGGGUCGUCCCCUGUCGCAGCUCACCUUCGUGGAAGUCUUUGCAGGCACUGCCGGCCUCUGCGCCGCAGUCCGUAGAGCAGGCAUAGGUUUUGCGAUAGGGGUUGAUCAUAAGGUUCUGAAGGGUUGCAUGUGCAAGAUUGCCGUCCUUGACCUGACUACCCAAGGGUCCCGGGAUGUUCUGUUUGACCUUCUCCAGCAGCCCACCACCGUGGCUUGUCACCUUGGCCCUCCCUGCGGCACAUCUUCCAGAGCCAGGGCCUUUGGCUCCUACGAUGGGGGUCCCCGUCCCCUCAGGAGCACUGCCUGUCCCGACGGAAUCGCGGGCCUGCAGGGCCUAGACCUCCUGCGGGUCCAACAGGCAAACAUCCUCUACGACCUCACCUCCAUGGUGCUUCAAUAUGGCGUUGCGCAUGGCCUACUUGUUUCAGUUGAGAAUCCGCACCGCAGCCACUUUUGGGCUAGCAGCCCCAUGGUGCGGGCUUCUGCCUGCCGCCACUUUAGCACUUCUUUCCACGCCUGCAUGUUCGGCAGUGGACGCCGCAAGCGCACUCGCCUAGAUCUUCAAGUGCCCUGCUCAAAUGACCAUGCCCACUUGCCUUGGACUAAGGCGUUUGCCCUGCAGCUACUCGACCUAGGCGCCGUGGGCGUGCCCGUUGAAUUGUCCCAAGCCGCGAUACCCCAAGCGCGCGCAGCUGCUAUUUCAGUUGGCAGUCAGCCCAGGGCCAAGAAGGUCCCGCCGCUUGUUGCCGAACACAAGACUGUGAUCAUCCUUCGAGGCCCGCUGCCCGCGCUUCCUUCUGCCGCCUCCAAGAAAAUUGAACUUCCCUUUGCGAUUCCUCGGCACGUCCACUGCCAGCCGACUGUCUCGAGCAUCCCAGCGGGAUCCAAAAUCCUGCGUGUCACUCCUGUCCUCAUGGACGCCAUCAACAAGGCUACGGAUAUGAGCCUCGCGGACUUGGGGAAAGAAAGGACGGCAGCCAUGAGGAAGUGGACCUUGAGGGCCCAGGAGAUACGAAAGAGCCCGGACCCACAGUACUUGCCCUCGGGCAAGCGCAAAAAGAUACUUGAGGACAAGUCCCUCCAACUCCUGCAUGAAAUGAUCAAGGAGGCGGAGUACCCUGACGACUGGCUCCCCUUCCACAGAAGGGAUGGAUUUAAUCUCCUAGGUCCCAUUCCCCCUUCGGGUUGCUUCCCUAAGAAACCCAUGGUCGCCACGCUCGCGCCCCAUGAAGUUCUAGAGAACUCUGCUGAGACCAGGCGGGCCAUUGUGCAUGCGGCCAGUUCUUCCAGAGAUGUGGAAAUGGACAGAGAGCUGAUGCGCAUCACCAACGAGGAGCUGGAAAAGGGGUGGUUGGAAGGUCCCUUCCCCAUUUCCGAAAUUUCAGCAGGAGCAACCUUGACCCGUAGGUUUGGUGUACGUCAGUUCUCCACUAGUACCGAGCAGGGGAGGGUCAGCAAAACUCGGCCCAUCGACGACUUCACGGAAAGUCUUGUCAACCUCACAAACUCCUGUGAUGAAACCAUAGCCCCUCACGGGAUCGACUUCGUCCUCGCCGCCCUCUCGCAUCGUUUUCGGCGAUGCAAGGAGGCAAAGAGAAAGGUAGAGUUGCUCCUGCGCACAAUUGAUUUGAGGAAAGCUUACAAACAGCUUCCUUUGAGCGAUAGUGCUGCCGGCACCACCUUUAUCUGCAUUCGCCACCCCGAUAGCGGGAAGGUUCUUGCUUACAGAGUCCUUGUCCUCCCGUUUGGGGCUCGCAGUGCGGUUCAGUCCUUCUACCGGAGCUCGCACUGUUUGUGGUAUUUAGGAUGCUGUUUGUUCAGCCUGCACUGGUCGCUCUUCUUCGACGAUUACAUCCUGGGGUGCUCAAAGGAGGAAGAACGCUUGGUUGACUUAACCCAGUCCGCUUUCUUCACUCUUACUGGAUGGGCGGUAUCACACGAAAAGGACAAGGGCUUCAGCACGUUGGCCAAGGCUUUAGGAGUUGAGAUCUCCUUGUGUGAUCUCGCGCUUGGCGUGGUCCAUGUGUGUAACACCCAGGGUCGUAAGGAUGAAGUUAAGGACCAGAUAGAUACCAUCAUCAGGCAAAAGGGUGCUCGUGGAAGCACUCUGGCGUCAUUGCGGGGCCGACUUCUUUUUGCGGAGAGCCAAGUCUUCGGCAGGAGGGCAGCUCAAGAGAUGAAGGUUCUGGGAGGGUUUUGUGACGUAGGGGGUUGGGUCAAGAUGAAUGACCGCUUGGAAACUGCGCUCUCUUUCUUGCGUGAUAAGAUCAUCUCGGGCCCGCCUCGUAGCCUCAGCCUGAGGUCCAAACCUCUUUUCCACAUCUAUUCAGAUGCAUGCCGCGAACCGGAAUACGGAGGAGUGGGAGGGAUGCUCUUCCACCCUGGCGGUCAUGUUGUUUCCUGGUUCGGGGCUAAGCUUGGAUACGAUGAGUUUUCCCAUCUUGCCGCUGGAGAAAUCCGAGAGACGUUGAUCUAUGAACUUGAGUUGGCAGCUUGCGUCUUAUCACUCCAAAAGCUGUUGCCGAAAGGCAUGCCUUGUGAAGUGAUUUGCUUCUUAGACAACGAUGCUGCACUUUCGGGGCUGAUUUCGGGAAAGGCAGGCUCGGUUGGUGUUCGGCCUUUUCUGAGGUCGCUUUCGGCUCUGGAGUCAUCCGUUGACAUCACGCUUUGGUUUGAAAGAGUGGCCAGCCACUCCAAUCCUGCAGACGCUCCUUCAAGAGGAGAUUUCACACACCUUCCGAGCGACAGAAGAAUCUCUUUCGAGCCGAGCUGGUUGCGGGCCAGCUAG